UGGACUUGUAGCUUUGCUAGGGGGCUGUCGGCUGGUAAGGCCAGCAAUCCACUCCUCUUCAUAUACUCUAAGUGCACCUCAGUUAGAGUAGAAUAGAGCACAGCAGUUAGAGCUUCAUAAGCCACCUGAAGCACUGAAAGCAUUAGCCUCCUAGAGUGGAAGAUUAACAGGACAAUAUUGAACAAGAAGCAAAAGGGAGCAUACUACAAGACAUUUCUCAUCAGUCCACAGCUUUUCUAUCAUCUUAUUCCUAACCAAGAAGAAAGGGAUUAUUGUUGGUUUUCUUUUUCUCUCCCUCUCCCUUUUGACUCACAGCAGAGCUUCAGGAGCAUGGCUGGAGAGAAGAAGCAUGUGUGCUUGGCCAAGUUUCUAACGUUGGCUCUAGGACUUUUCUUCAUCAGUUUAGAUGUCUCAGCAGAGGAGUACGACUAUUAUAGCUGGCAGUCCGACAACUUUCAAAAUGGGCGCUUUUACGCCAAGCAGCCUCAGUGUGUGGACAUCCCGGCUGACCUGCGCCUCUGCUACACUGUGGGCUACAAGAAGAUGCGGCUGCCCAACCUGCUGGACCAUGAGACCAUGCCUGAGGUGCAGCAGCAAGCGGGCAGCUGGGUGCCCCUGCUGGCCAAGCGUUGCCAUGCCGACACACAGGUGUUCCUCUGUUCUCUGUUUGCACCAGUCUGCCUGGACCGGCCCAUCUACCCCUGCCGCUCACUGUGUGAGGCCGUCAGAGACAGCUGUGCUCCAGUCAUGGAGACCUACGGUUUUCCCUGGCCAGAGAUGCUCCAGUGUGAAAAGUUCCCCAUUGAUAAUGACCUCUGCAUCCCCAUGCAGUUCUCUGGGAACCAUGCCACUCAGACCCCAGUUUCCAAAGCAUGUCCGCCAUGUGACAAUGAACUGAAGGCCGACACAGUGAUGGAACACUUCUGCGCCAGUGACUUCGUACUCAAGAUGAAGAUCAAAGAAGUUAAGAAGGAGAAAGGCGACCGCAAGCUUAUCGCGGCGCAGAAGAAGAAGAAGGUUCUGAAGAUGGGCAUCCUGCGUAAAAAAGACCUGAAGAAGCUGACGUUGUACAUUAAGAAUGGAGCAAACUGCCCUUGUUCCCAGCUGGACAACCUCGGGAGCAACUUCCUCAUCAUGGGCCGCAAGGUUGACCAGCAGUUACUGCUCAUGUCUAUCCACAAGUGGGAUAAGAAGAGCAAGGAGCUCAAGUACGCCAUCAAAUACAUGAAGUCCCAUCAGUGCCCAACUUACCACACUGUCUUCCAGUGACCAAUGACCACAUCACCAAUCCACACCCUUACAAUCACUUUUUUACAGUUAGCACAUACAAUUCUUUUUAUUCAAAAGCUGCCUUUGGGAAUCAUUCAUUUGCUAAUGGUCUGAUACUUCAGCAAUGUUAAUAUUUCUUCUUUACUGUUCACUGUGUAUAUGCUAAAUGAAAAUGCUUUAUGACACAAUCAGUACAUUCAUACAUGUUUUAGAGAAACCAACUCAUUUUCCUUCAUUAGAGCAAAAGAUAAAACAAUAUCAUUCCCAAAGAAACUGUUCAUGGUGGAAUACCACCUUCUGUCCGGUAAGCAGUUUCCACAAAAAGUGGCACAAAAUUAUCAGGAGUGAUAAGAAAAACGUCAAAGCCAUGUUAAGCUGAUUGUGCUAAUGUCAGAGUGAGGGAAAACAAUCAGUGAGUAAAUAUUUGAUUAAAAAGCAUAAAGAGUAUUCACUUCGAAAACAUAGUGCCAGCUAGCUUUUCUUGUUCUGUUUUAUUUUGUAGAUAUGGGGGACAAAUGCUAUACUGUGUACUGUGUAGAUAAGAUUAUGGUUAUGAAAAACCUUCUAGAAUGCAGAGCCACCCAAGAUGUGGCUCAAGUUGAGAAGGGAGAAGGAUAACUGAUUGCAGUUGUUCCUGAUUGUUGGUCAGUUGGACUAUGAGCUGUACCUGGACCGUUUCCCUUUGCUGAAAGAGCGUCUCACACCAGCCAGCCGGACACAGACUGUGGACUGACCUAACAGUUUGGCUGGUGAGAUUGCUGGCCUCCUUUUUCUUUGUUUUUUUUUUUUCCUUUGAAAUAUGAAACAUUCUUUUAUUUUAACUGAAAUUAUCAACUGCUUCAAAUAUACUUUUUAUAGUUUGAAAACAUCUGGCAGGCAUAGCAUCUGGAUUCACUGUUUCUGAAAUAAAUGUUAAAAUCAUUA